GGUUUGCUUGAGUGGGACUCGGUGGGUAUGGCUUGUUCGCGUUAUCAAAGGAGGGGUACGAGGGUGUUUUUUGCUGUGCUUCGUUCUGCUGGGUGGUGUUUGCGGGCAUCACUUGAGUGGUGUUCGCUGUGCUUUGUUUUGCUAGGUGGUGUUUGCUGGCUCUACUUGAGUGGUGUUCGCCGGACCUCGUUCUGCUGGGUGAUGUUCGCUGCGCUCGCUGUACCUCGUUCUGCUGGGUGAUGUUCGCCGUACUUUAUUCUGCUGGGUGUUCGCUGUACCUCGUUGUACCUCGUUCUGCUGAGUGUUCGCUGUACCUCGCCUCGCUGUUCCUCGUUAGGCUAGGUGCUGUUCCGAGUACCCUGGUCUGGUGGAUGUUCGCUGUACCUUGUUCUGCUGAAUGGUGUUCGCCGUCAUCCGAUCGGGAGGCUGCUCGGAAUAGCUUGCUCGCCUGUGGCCCUCGCUUCGCUCGGAAUAGCUUGUUCGGCCAGUCACCCUCGCUUCGCUCGGGACUAGAUUGCUCGCCUACUCACCCUCGCUUUGCUCGGGGUAGCUUGCUCGCCCACUCACCCUCGCUUCGCUCGGGAAUUGUACUUUCACCCUGGGACCCACCUCGCUUCGCUCGGAAUAGCUUGGUCGCCUGUGGCCCUCGCUUCGCUCGGGCUAGGGGUUAGGUGUUUGAGAGGGGCCCACCACUUUUUUCUGCUUCACGUUCAUGCUCAUCUCGUCUGCCAC